ACAGAUGGCAUCAGGAACACACCUCUGAGCUGUAUCCUAGCCUUCGGAAAUUCCUUAGGCUGGUUGAUGUAGCCGGAGAGAGUGUAGGAGGACGUACAAGGGGCCCGUUGGGGCUUAGGUGCUGUAUGCGUAAGCAUACCCUCCGCUUUCCUACAUACAUCACACUUGGCAAUAAAAUGACAUGGAGAGCCCACCUAGGUAAUAGACUAAAAAAAGCGUACGUUGCAUUCGGUCAACGCCGGAGGGCUAUAGGUAAGACAUGGGGUUUGUCACCCAAAAAUGCCCUCUGUAUUUACACGGCUGUAAUCCGACCUAUGCUUACAUAUGGUGCAGUAGUAUGGUGGUCAAAGACCUUACAGUCUACAUCCGCUGCUGCACUUAAUAAAGUACAGAGACUUGCGUGUUUGUAUGUUACAGGUGGACUACCCCCACUGCAGCCAUGGAAAACAUGUUGAACCUAACCCCACUUCAUUUGUUCAUUCAAGAGGUAGCAUUGGUGACCAUGAUUCGACUGCGACCAGCAGGAAUUCUAAUGGGUGAGAGAUAUAGUAAAAGUGCUAUUCUCUGGAAUGAAAUGGUAGACUACUCACCAAUUCUGGAAUGUAUAACGGACUUCACACCCCUUCAACACGUUUUUACGAAGAAAUAUCUCACCCAUCCAAGUUCCACAGAAGUAGAGCUAAAAAACUGCAUUAUAAUCUACAAUGGUAGUUCAAGGAGACGGGAAGGAGCUGAAGCCGAAGUCUUCACGUACAAUCUCCGACUCCACGUAUCUGAACCUCUAGGUAAAAGUAGCACCGCCAUACAGGUGGAGUUAAUCGCCAUACAACUUGCCGCUGCUUUUAUUGUCAGAUCCAACUUGGUAGAUUUAUCGUUGGAUAUAAACGAUGACCCUGUGCAAGAAGUAAGCUUCAAAAGCAAAGAGGAUGUGUGACUGAGUGCGUUUUAACGUUAUUCCGUUUUUAAUUGUUCGUCUUGUUUUUUUUUCGUCCCCCGUUUUUGUUGUUUUAAUUGCUUUACGCAAUUUCCUACUACUUAAAUUGCAGUUUUCGUGUUUACAUUUUGCUCUUUCUACAAAUUCAAGUACAUUAUGUAGAAAGGUAGCGGUAAAGUGCGUUCGUCGUGGAUAGAGAGACUUUGAGACGUCUCAAAAUGUUGUCGUACGUGUUGUCGGUGGACGAUAAGCCACCGCCGUGUCCCACGAAAACACACCAUCACUUGCAGCUUUCGUUGGGACCGGAAGCUAUGCCGACACCUCCGUUGACCAACGGAACAAACUCCUCGAUAAGCAAGGAAACCAGUGUUAGUAGUUUUGUUAGCAAUGCCUCAACGGCUACUGCUAGUCAAAGCUCUGUUACUCCUUCCAGUACAAGUGAUAAAACUAAACCGAAACUUUUGAUCAACGGUGCAAAGCACCAAACACUU